ACGCUUAUUGUGUAACACUUCAGCACUGCAGCUGCUGGGAGGAACCUGAAGAGAAACCUGAAGGAUGUAGACGUUUUAAGAUCAACAGGAUCGGCUCGGCGCGCGCGAGCGUUUCUCCUCCGGUGAAAGGGAUAGAGAAGCAGCGGAAAUGUGAGUCGUGUUCGUCUGUAACGCAGCGCGGAGAUGAAGCCUCGGUCCCACACCACGCCGGAAAGAAGCCCAUAGAGCGUUCCGUCCACGUUUAUUUAUAUUCAUUUGUAAUUCAUCUUAAGUGAACUAUUCGGCGAAUAAAGAUGAAAUUUCCAGCGGAAAAUCAGAGGAAGCCGAGCAGUAGCUGGAGUCCUCCUCCAGUGGCAGUCCAAACCAACCUCGUUCCCCCCAAAAAAGUCCAGCCCGGGAUGCUGCAGUCCAGCCUGGUCCAGGCCAGCGUGGCCACAAUGCAGAACCCAAUGGGAUGUUCACUUCCUCGCCUCUCUGUUUCACGGCCUGCCAGCAUGGUGGCCAGCAUGGAGGCGGGGGCAGACGGUUCAGCGCUACUGUCCGUGAUGAAGUGGAAGACGGUUCUGGCUGUGUUCGUGGUGGUGGUGAUUUACUUAGUGGCCGGCGGCUUGGCGUUUCGAGCCCUCGAGCAGCCAUUUGAAAAAAACCAGAAGGAUACGAUCACAGCUGAGAAGGCGGCGUUCCUGCAAAAGCAUCCCUGUGUCACACCAGAUGAACUAGAGAUUCUCAUUAAGCACUCCAUCGAUGCCUUCAGCGCCGGAGUGAGUCCGAUAGGAGACACAACCUACAACUUCAGCUACUGGGACCUCGGCAGCGCCUUCUUCUUCGCUGGUACUGUCAUUACCACUAUAGGAUAUGGGAACAUCGCUCCAAGCACAGAGGGAGGGAAAACUUUCUGCAUUCUCUACGCCAUAUUCGGCAUCCCGCUCUUCGGCUUCCUGCUGGCUGGGGUUGGCGAUCAGCUCGGCACCAUCUUUGUAAAGACCAUCGCCAAAGUGGAGAAGAUGUUCAGGAACAAGAAUAAUCAAAUCAGCCAGACGAAAAUCCGCGUGGCCUCAACGUUACUCUUCAUCCUCGCCGGCUGCAUCGUCUUUGUCACAAUUCCUGCGGUUAUUUUCAAAGAAAUUGAAGAAUGGACGGCGCUCGAUGCGAUUUAUUUUGUUGUCAUUACACUAACGACUGUUGGCAUCGGGGACUACGUCGCAGGAGGAAAUAGAGCAAAAGAAUAUUAUAACUGGUACAAGCCACUGGUUUGGUUCUGGAUACUGGUUGGUCUGGCAUACUUUGCUGCUGUACUGAGUAUGAUUGGAGACUGGCUCAGAGUCCUGUCCAAAAAGACAAAAGAGGAGGUCGGAGAGUUCAAAGCUCAUGCUGCUGAAUGGAAAGCGAACGUUCGGGCCGAAUUCAGAGAAACCCGGCGUCGCCUCAGUGUGGAGGUUCACGAUAAACUGCAACGUGCUGCUACGAUCCGCAACAUGGAGCGUCGACAGCUUGGACUGGACCAACGUGCUCAGUCGCUCGACAUCUUAUCUCAUCCUAAUGAGCGACGAUCCGCAAACUUCAAUAUCUUGGACGCGGCGACCAACUUCAAGACGUCUUCGCAAGAGAGCAUCAAUGGAAAACUAAACGACAACAUCUUUAACCGAUUCGGCUCUGUCAGCAAACUGGCCAAACGAGCCAAGAACAAGGAGCUGAAGAAGAACAUCCCAGGAGAUGGACGCAAAACUGGCAGUGAGGAGAAGAAAGAGGUGGAGGAGGAAGAGCUGGAGAAGGAGGUCAACACCAGUCUGUCGGAUUUGCCUUUGUUCGUCGAGAGCCCGAAAUCACAAAACGGAUUCGUGAUGGUGCCGACAAAGACCAAAGAAGAAGAAGAAGAAGAAGAAGAAGGAGGAAUAGAAGAAGAAAAAGAGGAGAAGGAAAAAAAACUUGAGGAGUUUCAUGUUGAACUGAACGUCUAGAUGGAAGAAAUCAUCUUGAAAAAUAAAAGUGCCUUGUUUCUCAUUGAUGCUGAUGGGAAAAUUCUAACAUCCCAUUUUAAUGUUAGUGAAACUUUUCACUGUGUCCUGAUAACUUGAUUUAAAAAAAAAGAAAUUUAUGUGACAGACCAAUAAAUUAAAAUAGAGUCUGAAAAAGGAUCCUAGCAAAGUUUCAACAAGCGAACUGUAGCGAUAUAAAGUGACAUUUACUGGCUGAAAGACUGAAAGUUGAUACUGAGCUCUUAACACAGUGGACUUGAAGAUAUAUAAAUAAUAGAAAUCCAAAAUACAGAUGGCGAUAAAAUUUAAAAAAAAGAUAUAUUUAAUGCAUCAGAAAAAGAAAAACUCAUGAUAUACAUUAGGCAUGUGCCAAUAGAAAAUUUGAAAUUGUGUAAUUGCGGAACCUUUUAUCACGGUUACUCCUGUUGUCAUGGUAUUAAACACUGGAUAUCUUCCAUUCUGGCAUCUUCUUUACUGGUCACACUGGUUGAAGGUCCUGGUCUCAUCAGCCAGCUAUUUAACUGAGGAACCUCACCUGUGUCGCAUUAUCGUUUGUCUGAUGUCACCUUCAGAGUGCUGCUGGUCACUCGUUGGUUUUUUUGGACACAGAUCUAGAAAUGGCAGCGCAUAUGUUUUCUCAGCUGCUAAACACAACUAGGCUAGUCUUCACUCAGUAGCGUAACUUGCUGGUUAGCAUGCAGCACAUUACCACAGAAGGUCACUCAGGAAGCCACAGGCUCUGUAAGUGUUAAGGUGAUGUUAGAGUAAAUAAUCAAUCUGAAUUUACUUUUAGAAACACAAAUAAACACAACUGGCUGUUUGUUCAAUGAAAUUUUUUUUGUACAAUUAAAGGAUUUAUGGGAUUGUUUACAGUGAGAAGAACAUGUGAGAUGAAGCACUAAAUCUUUUAUGUAACAAAUUUUUGAAAGGAACACAUUUAAUUUAGUAAAGAAGCUUGUCUAGAUAGCACAGGGAUGUCCAGUCUUAUCCACAAAGGGUGCAGGUUUUCAUUCCAAUCAAGCAGGAGACACAUGAUUCCACCUGUUUAAUCAACUGUAAUACUUUAAGGUUAAAAUAGAGGAAGAGGCGGGGCUUUCAUGGAAUCACUUAAUAUUCAUAGAGUUCAAAACAUCUACAGACCUGUCAAUCACUCCAGAGUCAUAAGACUGGCUCAUGUGUCUUUUAUCAUUCUAAAGGAAGUCUGAGAUUCUGCUGUGUUUCUGAGUGAUAAGUUGUAGCAGUGUGUACCGAAAAAUAUCCAGAGAAUUUGUAACUGUCUGAAGGUCUGGACUUUAUCUCUCUGAAGGCGAAUGAGAGAAUAUACAGGAUUAAUAACUAUAUCUAUGAAAUAACCGAUAAUCAGCACAUGCCUAAUGUAUAAACUCUAAAAUGUUCCUAUUGCCUGAAAGGUAGCACUGAAAAUUGGAUGAAAUUCUGAAAUUUUAAACCAAAUGACAUAUUUGCAUGAUAUUGAAUUUCUGUAUAAACUCACAUGCUGUCCAUUUUCAUAACCAAUGAGAUCUCAGGGCUUGGAGUCCAUCCUACAUCAUGAUGCAUACAUACAGUACAUACGGUCAGGAUCAAAGUCUGAGCUUGAGAACUUUAUUUUCUCAGUUUUAUAAACAAUUCUGUUUCCUUCUUUUACACCACAGCACUGCUGAGUUCUGGACUCUGAUUGGUGGAUCAGCUGGUGAUUAAUUCUCUCUAACAGCAGUUCUGACUGGAGCGCAGCUUUAUAUUAAUGUACUCACUCUGAUACCUUUUCGUUUCCAUAGCAACAGAUCACUCACAGGGACAUUUACAACUCUUGUUCAACACUGUUCUCUUAAAGUAAGGUGUGUGUGUGUGUGUAUAUGUGUGUGUGUGUGUGUGUGUAUGAUGUGGUGAAGGAGUCUCCGGUGUCAGUGCUGUGUAUCAGCCAGAGGUAAAGAUGGAACUUAAAGUUCUCCACAUCUUCAGGACUUCUUUGUGUUUCUCAGUAACAUGAGCAGCUCAGAUUUUUCUCUUAUUUCUCUUAAGAGAGAAUAAAGAGAGACUGCUGAGGGGACGAGUGUUUAUAGCUGAUAGAGAGAGAGAAUAAAGAGAGACUGCUGCGGGGACCAGUGUUUAUAGCUGAUAGAGAGAGAGAGAAUAAAGAGAGACUGCUGAGGGGACCAGUGUUUAUAGCUGAUAGAGAGAGAGAGAAUAAAGAGAGACUGCUGAGGGGACGAGUGUUUAUAGCUGAUAGAGAGAGAGAAUAAAGAGAGACUGCUGAGGGGACAAGUGUUUAUAGCUGAUAGAGAGAGAGAGAGAAUAAAUAGAGACUGCUGAGGGGACGAGUGUUUAUAGCUGAUAGAGAGAGAGAAUAAAGAGAGACUGCUGAGGGGACAAGUGUUUAUAGCUGAUAGAGAGAGAGAGAGAAUAAAGAGAGACUGCUGAGGGGAUGAGUGUUUAUAGCUGACAGAGAGAGAGAGAAUAAAGAGAGACUGCUGAGGGGACGAGUGUUUAUAGCUGAUAGAGAGAGAGAGAGAAUAAAGAGAGACUGCUGAGGGGAUGAGUGUUUAUAGCUGAUAGAGAGAGAGAGAAUAAAGAGAGACUGCUGAGGGGACGAGUGUUUGUAGCUGAUAGAGAGAGAGAGAGAAUAAAGAGAGACUGCUGAGGGGACGAGUGUUUAUAGCUGAUAGAGAGAGAGAAUAAAGAGAGACUGCUGAGGGGACGAGUGUUUAUAGCUGAUAGAGAGAGAGAAUAAAGAGAGACUGCUGCGGGGACCAGUGUUUAUAGCUGAUAGAGAGAGAGAGAAUAAAGAGAGACUGCUGAGGGGACCAGUGUUUAUAGCUGAUAGAGAGAGAGAGAAUAAAGAGAGACUGCUGAGGGGACGAGUGUUUAUAGCUGAUAGAGAGAGAGAAUAAAGAGAGACUGCUGAGGGGACAAGUGUUUAUAGCUGAUAGAGAGAGAGAAUAAAGAGAGACUGCUGAGGGGACAAGUGUUUAUAGCUGAUAGAGAGAGAGAGAGAAUAAAGAGAGACUGCUGAGGGGAUGAGUGUUUAUAGCUGACAGAGAGAGAGAGAAUAAAGAGAGACUGCUGAGGGGACGAGUGUUUAUAGCUGAUAGAGAGAGAGAGAGAAUAAAGAGAGACUGCUGAGGGGAUGAGUGUUUAUAGCUGAUAGAGAGAGAGAGAAUAAAGAGAGACUGCUGAGGGGACGAGUGUUUGUAGCUGAUAGAGAGAGAGAGAGAAUAAAGAGAGACUGCUGAGGGGACGAGUGUUUAUAGCUGAUAGAGAGAGAGAAUAAAGAGAGACUGCUGAGGGGACGAGUGUUUAUAGCUGAUAGAGAGAGAGAGAAUAAAGAGAGACUGCUGCGGGGACGAGUGUUUAUAGCUGAUAGAGAGAGAGAGAAUAAAGAGAGACUGCUGAGGGGACAAGGGUUUAUAGCUGAUAGAGAGAGAGAAUAAAGAGAGACUGCUGAGGGGACCAGUGUUUAUAGCUGAUAGAGAGAGAGAGAAUAAAGAGAGACUGCUGAGGGGACGAGUGUUUAUAGCUGAUAGAGAGAGAGAAUAAAGAGAGACUGCUGAGGGGACGAGUGUUUAUAGCUGAUAGAGAGAGAGAGAGAAUAAAGAGAGACUGCUGAGGGGACGAGUGUUUAUAGCUGAUAGAGAGAGAGAAUAAAGAGAGACUGCUGAGGGGACGAGUGUUUAUAGCUGAUAGAGAGAGAGAGAGAGAAUAAAGAGAGACUGCUGAGGGGACGAGUGUUUAUAGCUGAUAGAGAGAGAGAAUAAAGAGAGACUGCUGAGGGGACGAGUGUUUAUAGCUGAUAGAGAGAGAGAAUAAAGAGAGACUGCUGAGGGGACGAGUGUUUAUAGCUGAUAGAGAGAGAGAAUAAAGAGAGACUGCUGAGGGGACGAGUGUUUAUAGCUGAUAGAACUGAUGCUUCACAAUAUAAUGUGCAACUAAAUGUUUCUAUAAAAAGAAUGAUCUUAUAAACUAAUCUAAUGAAUAAAAGUGCAGUGGUGUAGGAGGGGAAACACUUAGGGGUGAUGACAGAACUCUACACUCUGAAUUCAAUAACUGAUGAAAAUAAAAGGAACCUCAGACUUUUGGACCUCUCUGAACACCGUAUUUACUCUCCCAGCUACGUCAUUAUUCAUUGCACGUGUUUUUGACAAUGGAGCGGAAUCGAAGCCAUAGUGUCAAAUAAAUGUAUCAGAUCAGGAUCGAUGAUGAUGAUGAUGAUGAUGAUGAUGCACUUUUUAGUCAGUAAACGAACGGCCAAAGAUGAAACGUUCCCCGUGUCCUCUUUACUCCAGCAUACCCACCUGGUGGUUCUAUACUUCUAUUACAUGUUAGCUACAUUAGCAUCAUAGCUCCAUCUUAGAUCUACACGUCCAGAUCGUUUGCGGUAAAGUGAACAUGGUGAACGUUUCCGUUUUUUCCGUUUGUUCUCACUUCACGUUCGGUUUGUUACACUUCCUCAUCACACUUCGCACUUUUCCAGGCUGGAAAUCUGUCUGUGUUUCAUUCAUUUCACUAAACGGUGAUGGUGUCAUACAACAUGCCUUCUGUGUGUGAAAAAAUACAGUAUGUGUGUGUGUGUGUGUGUCUGUGUGUGUGUGUAUAUGUAUAUGAAUGUGUGUGUUUGUGUGUGUGUGUGUGUGUGUAUAUGUAUAUGAAUGUGUGUGUGUGUGUCUGUGUGUGUGUGUAUAUGUAUAUGAAUGUGUGUGUUUGUGUGUGUGUGUUGAAUAUCAUGAUGUAUCGUGUAACCAAUUAUUGGCACAUGCCUCUGCAAUACCUCACUAUGGCAAUCCUUCGCACAUGUGCUUGUUGCUGCGCUUUACUACACACCCCACGUGCUCUUCCUUUUCUUCUUCUUCUCUUCUUCCUCUUCCUCUUCUUCUUCCUCUUCUACUCUUCUUCGCAGUAGUCUAGUGUGAAUGCAGCAAAAAGGACUUAAUGUUUGUCAUGAUGAUGAUGAUGAUGAUGAUGAUGCAAUGAAGAUUUUAAAAAUGUUCGAAGCAUUUUAAAACAAACAAACAACCAAAAAAAAAGAAUUUAAAGACAUGGAAUCUAAAAGCAUGCCUCUUGUGCUCAUAUGUUAUGGUAUGGUAUUGAGUGUGUUCUGCUACGUGCUUCUGAAAACGAGCGUUUAUUAACGUGACGAUUAUAUCAUGUUAAACGCUGAACGUCAUCCGUUUUAAAAAUAUAUAUAUCAAAAAAAUAAUAAUUGUGCAAUGAAAUUGUGCAUAAUAGAC